GGUUGUGACAUUUGGUGUUUUCAGACUUUAAAAGGAAAAGUUGUCACAAAAGGUGUGGAAGUACAGAUUUACGACAAAAUGCGUACUGGAAUACCGAGAGUGAGUUUGUAGCGGUGUUAUGUACAGCAGCGAUAUUGGGAACAAGUUGGAUAUGACAAAUAGAAGGCAAGAAAGUUGGAUAUGACAAAUUGAAGACAAGAAAGUUGGAUAUAACAAAUUGAAGGCAAGAAAGUUGGAUACGACAAAUUGAAGGCAAGAAAGUUGGAUAUGACAAAUUGAAGGCAAGAAAGUUGGAUAUGACAAAUUGAAGGCAAGAAAGUUGGAUAUGACAAAUUGAAGUCAAGAAAGUUAGAUAUGACAAAUUGAAGACAAGAAAGUUGGAUAUGAGAAAUUGAAGGCAAGAAAGUUGGAUAUGACAAAUUCAAGGCAAAUAAGUUGAUGUGGUAAAUUCAUGGCAAGCAACUUGGAUGUGACAAAUUCAAGGCAAGCAACUUGGAUGUAUCAAAGUCAAAGAAAACAAACAUGACAAAUCCAAGGCAAGCAACUUGGAGCCAAAAAACUAACAUCAAGUGAUGGAUUGGCUGUUGUUAACAGUCAUGCAAUGAACGAAAGGAGACCGACAUAUCCAGGCGGAAUGACCUUCACCUUGUUUAUUAUCCUUCCCACAGACGACGUCUGCUCUCUGCGAAACCUCGCGUCUGGCGUCAUGAUCCGCGAAGUAAGAUGUCGUCUGGAACUGGCGUCAGGAUUGCCCGCGCAGAUCUAUCGUCUGACGUCACCAGACGGCCAGUAUCAGCACGAGGAGCACAGACUCGUUCUCGACCACAACGUCUGGGACGGCUACAUUCUGAGGGCGAAACUCUUCGACAGUUGGGUGGAUCUGUUUCACUGGGUGGUGCAGGGAGACGUCGAUCAGGUUUAUCAAGACGGCGGAAUAUGUUUCAAAACUGGCAGGCGAAUGUCGACGAAUGAAGAGCAAGUCAAUGCGGAGGAAGUGAUUCGCGAGAGGGCUCUCGUAGCACUGUUUCUGGCCAGCUUCUAUGGACUGGUUCAGAUGUGUGAAAUGCUCAUUAAUACAGGUGUGAAUGUAAACGAACAGACGGCAUUCGAAAACCGUGCCCUCCACGCAGCUUGUUGCAAAGACCACGAAAGGAUCGUGGACGUUCUGAUCCAACACGGCGGCACUCUGGCGUGUAAAAACUCGAUGGGAGACACCCCGAUGGACGUCGCUAAGAAGAGCUUCUCUAAACACUGCGUCAGGAAGUUGCGAAUGCUUCAGCUUAACAUCUGUCCUCCUAAUGGAUGCAUCCGCGCGAAUCGCUCAAGUUCUGGAGUCUUCAGGAAAACAAACCGUUCUUUCGAACCACGCCCUCCAUCCUUGCAGCGUCCUCACACGAGUGGUAACUCCACGAUAAAGAAAAGACACACAACACUACCGGUGAGGUCGUCCCCGCCAAAGGAUACAGCAUCUGUAUUUUCCACUUGCCCAUCCCACGAGUGUUUCAUGUGGGAUACCGAUAACCACAGAACUAGAGCUGCCAGUGCGUCUAGAUUUCGUUUGGCAAAUGCAUCUUCGUCAGAAGUACCUUCAGGACGUGCUUCUGCUGCAGUAGCAAUAAGGAGUGUUUCUCCUACCAUAUCUAUAGGAGGUGCUUCUGCAGCUGUUUCUAGAUUAAGCAAUGCUCCCGAAAAGCUAAAUAUCAAGUGGGGAGGCGCCGAGACUCGUGUGGCAACCAAUGUUAUCAGUAGACAACAACCUGGAAGGAAGCCUUUCAGACAUCCACAUCAUUCCAUUCUCAAGAACAGGACAGUGAAUUGUGUUGUUCCUGUUGAAACCUCAGCGAAUGGUAAUUGUGGUGGUGGUGGUGAUGAUGGUCGUGCAGAUAGUCUCAAAAGUCAACAGUUUCAGAACGAUUCUGAAUGCCACUUGUCAGUGUUAUCUGCACCUGAGAUGGCAAAUGACUCGUCUGCCGUGAGCGGAAGUGACGCAAGAAGCGUAGAAAGUGCACCCGACCUCCAACAGGCUGAAGACUUAAUAUCGCGUCCACCUCACAUGGAUCGUGCUAGAUCCUCAAGACUGUCUGGUAGAAGACGAACCAAGCUACUAGUCUCAAGACAGAAGGAAAACGAGUCAUGGAAAACAAUGAAACGCAGAAUAACUUUAGCAGCCAACCAGAAGAAAUUCGAGAGAGACUUAUUUCCAAACAGAAUGAACUUAUCCUUUGAGCAAUGGCUGGAGCACAAAAGAAGGGAGGAAAAACGAGACAGCAGAGAAAGCGAUUCUGAUGACAGCGAAAGCGAAACUGAAAGUGAGAGGGAAGCCAGAAAUGCGCAAGCGUUUGCUGAGUGGAUGAAGCGACAGAGAGAAAGACCUAAACAUGGGCCUGAUUACGUCACUGUUACUGAACUUUAUCGAAGAAAAACGAGACCGUUGGAAGGAUUAAUACGAACGGAUGCUGAACUUCAAAACAACGCAUAUAUCGCAGAUCCGAGCACAAACCUGAAAGCCUACAAACAAUGGCGUGAGCAGUAUCGUCAGGACAAAGCCAGGGACAAGGAAUUGGCAGAUUUGAACUCCAAGAAGAAGAAAGUGGAAGAAAAGAGGCAGCAACUUCUGGCAAUGGCCAUCUCAUACGAGGAGUGGAUGGAACACAACGAAGAACGCAAACAGCUCAUGAAGGAGAUUCUGCAGGCCAGCAUGGAGGAACUGAACAAGAUUGAGGAAGACAAACUGAAACGUCGAGCUCCACGCCAGAUGUCGUUCCAGGAAUGGAGGGAGAAGAAGAAACAGUACGACCCGAGGGGGAAGACGUCGUCCCAGGAGAUGGAUGCUCCACAGCAAGUUCAGGUGACCAGAAGCAGCGCGGCAGUGUCCUACGAUGUUUGGAUCAAGAGAAAAAACGAAGAGCAGAGAUCGUUGCAGAAGAAACAGCAGACAGUGAGACAGAAUCCGUCUAACAAGCACAGUGGCUUCCAGGGCUGGGCUCGGGGAAACAACCAGGAGCAAGUGACGCAGAUGCAAGUAGAAGUCAAACGAGAAAGGAGUAUGGUCAAAACGUUGAGAGACAAACGUGCGUAUAUUGUGUCAUCCUGUUAAAUAGAGUGACAGUUAUUUCUGUUUAAUAGGAAGUGCGAUUUUCAAAGUUGAUAUCGUAGAAACUAUGAAUAGCAACAGUUACUGGAGCAUAUGCUGAACAACAUCAAAUAAAAAUGAUCAAAACGUUGAGAGACAAACGUCUGUAUACUGUAUCAUCUUGCUAAAUAGAGUGACAGUUAUUUCUGUUUAAUAUGAUAUGUUAUUUUCAAAGUUCAUAUCGUAGAAACCACGGAUAACAAGUUACUAGUGCAGAUGCACAAUAACAUUAAACGAGAAGUAGUGUGAUCAAAAUUGUGAGAGACAAACGCACGUAUACUGUAUCAUACUCUUUUAUUUCUGGUUAAUAUGAUGUGCGAUUUCCAAAUAUGGUAUACGGUUCGGUUAACUAUUACAGUGCCCAUAACCUACAAUAGGUUCCGGCACGUCCAUCCCAAAUCCGGUUUCUGUUAUGAUCAGGGACCUGACUCGGGACAGAAAAGUGCUGGUAUAACACCUGGCGCAGAUGCACGUAAAUAUUAAACGAAAACGAAGAAGGAUUAACGCUUUACGAAACACUAAUACUAUACAGGUUGUAUUUAAUAGACUACAGGAAGAAAACGAUUCUAGGAUAUUUUAAACUGUUGCUCACAAGAGUCGAUUAGUCUCCAACACGACUGGUAUAUCAAAGGUUGUGGUAUGUACUAUUCUGUCUGUGGAAAGGUACAUAUAAAAGAUCCCUUGCUACUAAUGGAAAAAUGUAGCGGGUUUCCUCUCUGAGACUAUAUGUCAUAAUGACUAAAUGUUUGACAUCCAAGAUCCGAUGGUUAAUAAAUCAAUGUGCUUUAUGUGAAUCUUUAUUUGCAUUGCAUUGCAUUAACAAACUAGAUGCUUCAUAAUGACAAUAAUGUGCCUAAUAAUCACAGACAAGACUACCCUAGCGUAAUACUCACAGGUAGCAGGACGUUGUUACCUCAGAUUUUGAAGUACUAUUCACGCACGAAGUUUGAAUAAAGAUUGGAAGUUGUAUAUUGUGACGUCGCAUUAAGUUUCGAGCAUGUGCGUGAUAUGUGGGUGUAUUUUUGGAGCCACUAGCAAAAAACAAAUCAGUGACUGGAAGGUGGUUUUAAAAAGUGGUAUUCUAGAAUAAAAAAUGGGACCCUGUUUUACGAAGCGAUCUUGGCGCUAAGGAAGGAAAUGUUUUAUUUAACGACGCACUGAACACAUUUUAUGUAUGGUUAUAUGGCGUCGGACAUAUGGUUAAGGACCACACAGAUAUUGAGA